AGCCCUUUGGCAUACCAAGGGCUCCUAUACCCGGAUGUAGGUCCGCUCGCUUCUCGUCUCGGUAGUUCUUCUCGUCUGUUCGGGGAAGAAGAAGAAAAAAACCCGCCUCCAUCUCCUCCUCGAAUGUGAGGGACAGGCGAGGCGACCCCCCACAGCGCAUUCUAGCUCGUUUUGACUGCACUUCGGCUUCCGUAGGCCUGGCUUCCGGGCUAUUGGUUGGGGAGGCCGGAAGCGUCGGCGGAGAGAAGGAGCUGAAGCAGAAGCGCUGAGGGAGGUUAGCCAAGAUGGCUGGGCACAGAUUGGUGUUAGUGUUGGGAGACCUUCAUAUCCCGCACCGAUGCAACAGCCUGCCAGCUAAAUUCAAGAAACUGCUCGUUCCAGGAAAGAUCCAGCAUAUUCUCUGUACUGGAAACCUCUGCACGAAGGAGAGCUAUGACUACCUUAAGACCCUGGCUGGCGAUGUUCAUGUAGUUAGAGGGGAUUUUGAUGAGAACUUGAAUUAUCCUGAGCAGAAAGUGGUAACUGUUGGGCAGUUCAAGAUUGGGCUUAUCCAUGGCCAUCAGGUUAUUCCAUGGGGUGAUGUGGCCAGCCUCGCGUUACUCCAAAGGCAAUUUGAUGUGGACAUCCUAAUUUCAGGGCACACACACAAAUUUGAGGCAUUUGAACAUGAAAACAAGUUCUACAUCAACCCUGGAUCGGCAACAGGAGCCUACAGUGCUUUGGAAAACAACAUCAUUCCUUCAUUUGUGCUGAUGGACAUCCAGGCUUCCACAGUAGUUACUUAUGUUUAUCAGCUGAUUGGCGAUGAUGUGAAAGUAGAAAGAAUCGAGUACAAGAAAUCUUAAAGCAAGCUACUCUGCCUGGUUCUUCAACUCUUCAUUUCUCAGCAUACACUAAAAAGGUCCACAGUGUUUGCAGUAUUGUUAGCUUAUAAAAGGACUCCUCUUAACCUUGUUGUGUAAACCAAGUUUAGAGUGCUUGACUUCUUUCACAAGAGGUUUGCCUUGGCUUACUCUUUUCUUUUGCCUAAAAGUGGUUACAAUUUGUAAAUACUAUUCAAAGUGCGCAGCAGAAUUCUGUCGGUUCAUCAUGUGAACUAUUCUCAGUCUUGUAAUAAACAUUUAAAUUUAA